AUGUCCACUAAACCUGGGUUUUCACCACCUCGCAGUCCUAGACCUUACGCAGGACGUGCUUUAAAGUACAGUUUCCGUGCAGACGACUGCAACUUGUGUGCUGUCAACUCAGGUCCAGAUAUCCUCAGCAGCAGGGUUGAGACUACAACUACGACUCUUAUUUUCGUGGGGUUCGCUGCCAGUGAACGGCUAAGACUCAAAGAAGCAACAACAGUGGCCAACACAUCCACUAGUCGUAAGAGUUUCUUGGUUUCGGGUGUAGGGUUCUUUGUAGGAUCAUCUAGUCAUAGUCGUCAUCACAAGAACAGGACCUCCUCUCUACUGAGAUCCUGUCCAGGCAAGACAUAUGUGCGGCUGGGUCACUUCAUUCCAGGCAUCGACCAGUUCGACGGGGACUUCUUCGGGGUCUCCGAGGCGGAGCUGCGAUCCAUGGAUCCCCACCAGUGGCUGUCUCUGGAGAUCAGCUACGAAGCAUUCCAUGCGGCUGGCCUCAACAAGGAGUCGCUGCAGGGCAUGGACUGUGGUGUCUUCGUCGGCUGCUGUAACCUGGGAGGAAACGACGUGGACCCGUACGGGCUGGGACCAUUCUCCAACAUCGGCUUCGCCUACUCCGGCCUGUCAGGCCGCAUCUCGCAUGUCCUCUCCUUGCGGGGCCCCUGCUUCACCGUGGACACGGCCUGCUCUUCGACGAUCGUCGCUCUGGACUCCAGUUGCCAAGCUGUCAGAAUGGGAAGGUGCCAGAGUGCUGUGGCAACCGGUGCCAACGUCCAGCUGUCUGGCUGCAUCUGGGUGGGUUUCUCCAAGAUGCGUGGUUUGGCCUUCGACGGCCGCUGCAAGACCUUCGACUCGCGGGCAGAUGGUUUCGCACGGGGUGAAGGUCUCGGCUCCGCCUUCAUCCGCGGCGGCGAGAAUGCGGAGGUGAGCAACUUGGUUGGCCUCAGUGGAGUUGCAAUCAACCACGACGGACGCGCGGCGACCAUCACCGCGCCCAACGGAACUGCACAGCAGCGUGUGCUGCGGGCGGCGUUGGCGGACCGCGGCACCCAAGGCGAAGAUGUAACCUGCAUCGAGUGCCAUGGCACAGGAACGGCACUGGGCGAUCCCAUUGAGGUGGGAGCGCAGAAGGCUGUUUAUGGAAAGGGUCGUACCGAGUCCCAGCCGCUGAUUCUCGCAGCUACGAAGUCCAACAUCGGCCAUUUGGAAGGCUCGGCAGGCGUGGCCGGCAUCUCCAAGGUGAUCCUGGCCAUCACCAAGGCACAGAUCACGCCGAACCUUCACUUGGAAACCUUGAAUCCAAACAUCGAUUUGGGCGGCUUCAACACGCUGAUGCCCGAUAAGCUCGUGGAGUGGAAGAGCGCCAGCCUGCGAUCCGGUGUCUCAUCCUUUGGCUUCUCCGGCACCAACGGCCACGGACUCAUGGAGGCGAUCCUCACGCAGCCCUCUGAGCCCAAGGUGGUGAAGCCCAUGCGCUUUGCCCGGAAGGUGCUGAAGCCCUGGAGGGAGUGGAUGCAGAAGGUGGUUUACUUUGAAGAAUGGGUGAAGGCCGACUACAGCAUGAGUUCCCCUCUUGAUGGAAAGCUCUUGCUUGUCACGGAUGGCGACGCGAUGGCGGGUUCCCUGACUUCAGCCAUGCCCAGCAAGCCGGUAGCCGUGACGGAGGUAGGCACGGCAGCUGACAUCAGCGAGAAGAUGAAGCGUGCAGGGACAGCCGCAGCUGUCUUUGCGCGCUGUUUGGAGUCAGGCAGAGCCGAGCCCCUGCCGGGCUCACACCUUGAGGAGCUGGUCGCCUUCUUGCAGGGCGCCAUUCUGGCGGAGCUCCCAAAGUUGUUGGUCGUGGUGACGCGUGGUGCAUACGAUGACAAACGAGAAAACUUCGAUGCGGGCGCCUUGAUCUGGGGCUUGAUCCGCUCGGCGAGAAUGGAGAUGCCUCGUGUUACGAUCAAGACUGUGGAUGUUGCAGUCGAUGCAAGUCCCGCAGACAUCGGGAAGGCCAUUGCAGCCGAGUUGCAGGGACCAGAUGGAGACGUUGAGGUUGCUUACACGUCCGAGGGAAGAUGCGUUCCUCGCUUGGUGGAAGCCCCUCAGAACGAGGCAGCGGCCAUGCAGCGGCAGGAUGCCAUGAGAGACGCGGACUCGGCUGUGGACGUCAAGAAGGGCGUUCAGAUCGUGACGGGUGGCUUGGGCGGACUCGGAUUGGUGGCUGCAGAGGAGCUAGCAGCACUUGGAGCACCAGGUCAGAAGCGUCUGGAAGAGCAGCUUCGAAAGCUGCAGGCCCUGCCGGGCCUGAACGUGCAGCUGAAGAUCUGCAAUGCCGGCGAAGCAGGAGAUGUCGCCAAGCUCGUCAAGGAGGCCAAAGAUGCGGGCGAACCCGUGCAAGGCGUUGUGCAUGCGGCCGGCGUCAUGGAUCGUUGCCCCCUGCCGGACCUUGACACCGCGCAUCUCAACAAGGUGCUGGCUCCAAAGGCCAAUGGCGCAUGGCACUUGCACAGCGAGUGCCCGGACAGUAGCCUCUUCGUUCUCUUCAGCUCCGUCUCCGCUAUUGUAGGCCUUGCCGGCUCAGCCUCCUACUCUUCUGCCAAUGCGUACUUGGAUGCCUUGGCCACCUGGCGCCGUGGCGCUGGCCGCUCUGGCGUGGGCAUCACCGCGGCAGCAGGCAGUGAUAACCUGGAGGCCAUGGCCCUGAAAACGCUGUCGCCAGCACAAGUGGGCAGCGCCCUGCGCCUCUGCCUCGCGGCCCCGACGCCUCGUGCCGAAGUCAUGUUGGCCAGAGUCGACUGGCCAUCCUUCAUGCGAGAGAUUGGCAUGGAGAUCCCGCAGCUCAUGGAUCUGAAGUCCAAGGAGGAGUCAGGAGCCGGCAAGACGGUUCAAGGUGCUGGAGGCGCUUUGGCACAGCUGCCGCUGGAGGAACGCCGCGGAGAGGUGCUGAAGUCCAUCAGGGCUGCGGCUUCGGGCAUGGGUUUGGACAUGGACGACAACACGCCUCUCAUGGAGGCUGGGAUCGAUUCGUUGUCUGCUGUGGAAUUCCGGAACAAGGUCUCGAACGAGUUCCGCUCGGUCACUUUGCCCAGCACGCUCAUGUUCGACUACCCCACCCUCACCGCGCUUGCGGAUUACGUUUCCGAGCAGUUGGUGCCGGAGACGGCCACAACACCCACCCUGGCCAUGCCUCAGCCGGGAGCCCCUGCUUCCAACGAGGCCAUUGCAAUUCUGGGGGGAGCCUGCCAUCUCCCAGGUGACAGCUGGUCUUUGGAGAAGUUUGAUUUCAUGCUCUCCCAGGGUGUGGACUGCAGUGUGGAAAUGCCGCAGAGCAGAUGGGAUGUGGAUGAUUACUACGACCCUGAUGCAACAACUGGCCUUAAGAUGUACGUGAAACAUGCGGCAUUUAUCGAGGGUGUUGAGCUCUUUGCAGCAGCUGCUUUCAACAUCAACAAGGUCGAAGCAGAGACCAUGGACCCACAGCAACGGCACCUGCUGGAGGCAGCCUUCGAGGCCUUCACAGCGGCCGGCCUCGGCAAAAGCACCCUCAUGGGCAGCUAUGGAGGCGUCUUUGUGGGCCAGGACAAGUGCGAUUGGAAUCGAAUGAUCACCGGCGACCAAAGCGGUCCCUAUGCAGCCACCGGUGGCUCCUCGUCCAUCAGUGCGAACCGGAUCAGCUAUGUGCUGGGACUGAAAGGUCCAAGUGCAACAAUGGACACGGCGUGUUCGUCGUCGUUGGUUGCAGCGGACACUGCCGCAGUCACUCUUCGACGCAGAAGAUCUGAGUUGGCAGUGGUGUGCGGUGUGAACAUGACUUUGCUUCCUCAGACUUUCGUUGCCUGCUGUCAGGCCCAAAUGCUCUCAAAGAGUGGACGGUGCCGCACCUUUGAUGACACUGCCAGUGGGUAUGCUCGUGGUGAGGGCGUGGGUGCCCAAGCCCUGGAGCGUCUGGGAAGUCAGGUAAGUGCCGGCCCAGAUGCAGGGCUGUUGGCCGAGCUGCAUGGCUCAGCUCUGAACCAAGAUGGACGAAGCUCGAACCUCACUUCGCCCAAUGGCCCAUCCCAACAGGCAGUGGUGUUGGCUGCACUUGGGGAAGCUCAGGUCCAACCGGCUCAGCAUGUCUGUGUGGAGACCCACGGUACAGGCACGGCUCUUGGAGACCCCAUCGAAGUCGGAGCUUUGAAGGCGGUUCUUGGAGGCUCACGGCUCCAGACCGUGCAGCUCGGCGCGGCGAAGACCAACGUUGGCCACUUGGAGGGUGGUGCGGGGAUGGUCGGACUUACCAAGCUGGCAUCGAUCCUGUCCCGCAACUGCUUGCCGGCCAAUCUGCACCUCCGCGUCAUGAACUCGCACAUCUACGAUGACAUGCAAGACUUCCCUGUGAACUUUGUUUCGGACGCAUGCCCCAGUCAAGCGAUAGCAGCUGCCUCCGUUUCCUCCUUCGGUUUCGGCGGCACCAAUGGACACGUGCUGCUGGCCCGGCCGGCGACGAGGUCGAAAGCAGGACUGGCAGCGGUGAAGCGCUCUGCAGCCGACUUGGAGCGUCAGGCCUACCCCUGGCGGGAAGCCAGCCAUCCCCUGCUGAAGCGACGAACCACGAGAGCAGAUGGAGCAACCGUGUUCAGCUGCUCCUUCGGCGGCCAUGUUCUCGCUCUUCUCUCCCACCACAUCGUGCACGGUGAGGUUGUCGUUCCCGGCGCGUGCUAUUUGGAGAUGAUCGUUGCCGGAUGCACGACCUUUGUAGGCAGCGAAGCUUGGUGUGUCGAGAACUUGGGCUUCGCAAAGCCGUUGGUUCUUCGGCUCCUGCCAGACGGAUCUUUAGAGGAACCCACAGAGAUGCGCUUGGUGCUGCGGCCGGAUGGACGGCUUGAGGUGGAGAGUGAGAUCGGCAGCGACCCUGAGGACAGCAUCGUCUCGGUGCAUGUGGAGGCAACACUGGUCAUGAAGUCUGGCGGCUGGGUGAAGACAAACCGACCAGAGCAGGACGGCUUUGACCUGAACCAGCUCCGAUCACAGUGCCCUGAGCCCGUGGACAUUGACCUCAUGUAUUCCUUCGGCCGCAAGAGCGGCUUGCCGCUCCAACCGCGCUUCCGCACGGUGCGACAUGUGCAGAAGGGAGACAAAGAGUCGUUCGCUCGCCUGGAGAUGGAGAAGGAUGGAACUCACGUUGGCUUCUGGCUUGGGCCCUCGCUGAUCGACGGUUCCUUCCAAGCAUCCAUGGCACUGGCAGACGCGGCGACGGGAAUUGGCACGCUGAAAAUUCCGCUGUCUAUUCGACGGCUUCAGCCAUGCGGCCGGCCGCUGCUCGGAGUGAAAAAUAGGUGA